AUGUCCAAUGAGCCUAGAAAAAAGAAAACAUCCAUCACAUCUGAUCCGUAUGCUGGUCAAUACCCUCCUCCUCCGCCAUUGACUCAAAAUGACUUGAAUGUCGAGGAAAAUCAGCAAAUGUACCAGCAACAACAACAACAACAACAACAACAGCAGCAGCAGCAGCAGCAGCCAUUCUAUAUCGUCGAUCAAUCCUCAUCAUCAAACCAAAGAAACUCGUUUUCAUCUUCGAAAAGACUAUCUUUUCAUGAGGACUCACGAUCAACUGCUCAUGUGUCCACGGUAGCCUCGUCUACCCAUUCUAUCCAAGAUCAGCAACGAGUUCAUUACUAUGAGAACACCAACAGUAGCCAUAACAACAUCAUCGAGGAUGGCGAUUACGAAGAUCCAGAGGCAGUGAACCUAAGAGAUUAUCUCUAUGCCGAAAGACAAGAAAAGCUUCGACAACAAGAAUUGGAAAUGCAACAAAAUCAGCAACUUCAGCCAUCCUACCCGGCAGCGUCUGGGACAACAGCAGUAGAUAUGAGUGAUGCGUAUAGACAUCAUCAUCCUCCUCCAAGACCAGAACCUGUAUUUUAUAAUAAUAGCAAUCCACUAUAUAGUGAUGACCAGCUUUUGUAUAACAGUAACAGUAUAUCUUCACCUAUCAUGAUGCCUCCCUUACUGCCACCUAUCUUUGGCCAUCAACAGCCGUCCUCAUUGUUUACUCCACCACCGCUACAGCAGCAGCAGCAGCAGCAGCAGCAGCAGCCAUUCAUAUCGCCUUUUCGUCAACCUCAAUUGGGCCAGCAGUCGAGCAAUCCAUCUCUAAUGACAUCCAUGAUGCCUCCUCCACCGCCUCCGCCCCCCAUGUUGUUCAAUGACAAGUUUUCCUAUGCUAGAAGACGAGAUGGUUGCUGCUGUUUCGGAAUCACCUUGUGUUCCUGUUUGUGGACGCUAAUUCUGAUUGUAUUUCUGUUUGCUGGAGUAGCACUGAUCAUCAUUGCAAAGGUAGUAGGGGACAAAUGUGCCGCGUCCAAUGACUAUGUGGAAGCAAACAGAACACUUUGUACUCAGGUGUUGCAUGAUGGGUUUUUGUACGGCGGGAUUGCUUUGGCAGGGUUAUGUGCUAUUGUUGUGUUGUGGAGAGUUUUGAAAUGGUCUUGCGGUAAUGCUACUCGGAUAUAA